CUCUCUCCCUCUGUGCACUCUCGCCUUCCCAUCAGUCUCCUUCCCACAUUUCUCCGUGGGCGUUCGGCUCACACCGAGACCCAUCCAGUGCACAUCACACACAACCUCACUGCAGUAGAGUGCUUGUUCUCUCCUUGAUACUCACUACGCCUCUCCAUCACAGCUGUCAUUGAAACGAUACGCCAGUCCUUCGGAAGGUCCAUGGCGUCCAUAGCUCCUCCGCAUCCAGCGGCAGCGACAGCCUCAUCACACGCCGCGACAUCUACUUGGUGUCCCAGGAAUGGUGGUAGCUCGUUACGGCAAGUCGCCCAUCAAAUGCCCACCGUUGUCCCAGCAUUCGCACUGCGCGCCGAGUCCCGCCAGUCCGUAACGGCUAGUGGAACUGUUGGCGGGAGCCGGCCGGGCCUUCCCCGCAUGUUAAAGCGAAUAUCGUUCCGCGAAAGCGUGAUCGGCGGAAGCGGGCUGCUGAGGGGUGUGAAGUGCGCGCCGCGCCACGUAUGUAUGAGCCAGCCGCCAUUUGGGUUCGGGCCAGGCGAGCCGCCCCAGGAUGAGGAUGAGUAUGUGGAGGCGCACGUGCUGGACGCCGUGCGCAUGGUGCCGGCCGCGGAGUCGCUGCGCAUGGCGAUGAGCGACGGCACGGAGCUGGAGGUGCGGCACGUGCACGCGACGGCGGGGCGGCUGCUGUACCCGCACGCCACGCCCGCCAUCUUCCUCAAGAUCGCGCGCGCGCCCGACCUCGUGCUGCCCAUCGUCGUCGGCGAGUUGGCGAUCGGCUUGCUCAUGAAGGCCUUCCGCCGGGAACACGCCGCGCGGCCCAACCACUACGACGUGAUGACGGAGAUGGUGCAAGCGCUGCGAUACGAGGUGCGCGCGGUGAGGAUCACCCAGCGCGUCAUGGACACCUACUACGCGCGCGUCUACCUCGCCCCCCCCGACUCCCCCGCGUGCGUGGCGAGCGUGGACGCGCGGCCGUCGGACGCCAUCAACCUGGCGGUGCGCGCGCACGCGCCCAUCCUCGUGAGCCGCGCCAUCGUGCUCAGCGACGCCGUCAGAGUCGUCGCCGCGGGGUCGGAGGGGGGGGGCCAGGGGGCGAGGGAGGGGGAGGGGGCAAGGGAGGGCGAGGGAUUGAGGGAGAGGGAGAGGGAGAGACAUGAGCACGGGGGGCUUUCCCAACACCUUGGGUUCCCGCACCAGCAGCACCAGCAGCACCAGCAGCACCAGCAGCACCAGCAGCAUCAGCAGCACCAGCAGCACCACCCGCAGGAUUUUUUUGACGCCUUGCAUCAGCAGCGGCAGCAGCAGCAGCAGCAGCCGUUUUUGCAUGGGCAUAGUGAGCAUGCGGGCGACCGGAGUAGCAUGGACAGGGCGGGCGGGGCAGCGGACGCCAUAGCGGAGGAGAUGGCGCUGAUGAAGGCCAUGCAGGCCGCCGCGCACGAGGAGCGAUACGCUGAUGCUGCGCGCCUGAGGGACCAGCUGCAGCUGCUGCGCAUCCGCAACCGCAGGCAGCUGCACAACAGAUUCUGAUCCCAUACUCAUAGUACGCGAGGCUUGGAGCCGUCGCAGCCUCCUUGCCUCGAAGGCCAUCCACUUGAGCCUGCUGCUGACAGCAAUCACAGCCUCCUCGACCCUUCGCACUCCCUCCAUUACUCCACCAUGGGAGGUUCCACUCCCAUCUCCAACAUACCGCACCCACCUUCCACCUACCUAUCUCCACGUCCUCUGCUUCCAUCAUCCUUGCGCCCCACACCUAGUGCUCGCCAGCCCACUUAGCCUUUGCAGAAAUGUCUUGGACGUACACCCACUUAUAGGCUGGUAUGCUUGUACUGUACAUGAGUGAACUACCGGCCUGGAAAAGGGAUCUGAGUGUAAGAAUUUGUAAAAAGGGUGCAGGAGACUAAGUAUAGAAUCUGCAGACACAAGUACUGUAUUCCCCUGUAUAUAACACCCUUC